AUGCUUAAUAGAUGUAAGAAUAUAUUGAACAAGUUAUAUAAUGUCUCUUAUAAUCAUGUCUUGGAUACAGCUAGCAAGUUAACAUCUUAUGUGAAUGGCAACAACAGCAACAACGACAACAACACAGUCAACAACAAAAGGGUAGCCAAAAGAGAUAGAUCAAAAGUAUCCAAUGUAUAUGUUGGAACUGUUACAGACUAUGAUGAUCAACUCAAUGGAGUUGUAAAGCCAGAAGAUGCAGUUGGUGCAUUGACACUUACCAAACCAGUGAUGGUACGCAAUGCUGUUUUGGGCGAGAAGGUUGAGCUAAAGGUGUUUAGAUGGGGCGGCCCAACGAGUGAAGGCCGUGCCUAUCAGAUACUUGAACGCUCGCCACAUCGCACUGAGCCAGUGUGCCAGCACUUUGGUCUGUGCAAGGGAUGCACUCUCAUGCAUAUGUCGCCGCAGCAUCAGCUGCAGCACAAGCGAUUGCAGCUGUGUCGUGUGUUUAGCGAAGCUGGCAUCUCAACGCCGAUCGACGAGGAUGUUAUACAGGUUGAGAAUGGCGACGUAGGAUACAGGCGCAGGACCAGAUUGGCAGUACGUUGGAAUCGCAAGUCGGACAAUGUCGAUGUUGGCUUCGUGUCUGAGCUCAAGCCGAGCUUUCAAGUGGAGCGAUGUCAUGUGCUGGAGCCCAGCAUUCAGACACUGCCACUCAAGCUGUCUGUGCUCUUCCAGUCAUUCUCCAAGAACGCCAAGACCAACAUACCAUCUGUUGAGGCCACUGUUGCGGACAAUGCCACAGCCAUUAUCGUUAGGAAUCUUGUUGAACUACUUCCAGAGGAAAUUAACGGGAUCAAACAGUUGGCCAAGGCUGAAGGACUCGUGGCAUAUCUACAGCCCGAAGGUUACCCAUCGAUCAAACAGAUAUAUCCAGAACAGCCGAUUGACUUGGUGUUCAGGCCUGUUGACAACCUUGAUGUCAAGAUAAAGCCAUAUGACUUCCUUCAGAUCAACUCCAAAGUGAACAGACUGAUGGUACAACAGGCAAUUCAAUAUCUGGACUUGAAUGAUAAAGAUAUAGUAUUCGACUUGUUUGGUGGCAAGGGUAACUUCUCGUAUCCGAUCGGUCUACAUGCCUCGCAUAUAUACUCUAUGGAUAUUUCAAGAUUACCUUCUACCACAACACAACUCAACAACAAUGUCACUGGUAUCAAUCUAAACCUUUACACAGACAGCAUUGCACAUCUAUACAGCGAGAAACAGUGCAACAAGGUCUUGAUGGACCCAACUAGAGCUGGUGCUGAGAAGGUAUGCCAAGAGAUACCAAGUGAUUUGGAUACAAUUGUCUAUGUAUCGUGCAACCCUGGAGAUAGCUUAGUUCGAGACUUGAAGAUAUUGGAGAGCAAAGGUUAUAUGAUACAGUCAAUCAAACUUAUUGAAAUGUUCCCAAAUACAUCAAAGAUGGAGGCUAUUGUGUUGUUGACAGGUACUGCAUCACACAAUAUUGCCGUAGUC